UAAUUUAUAUAUAUAUUUAUAUAAACUCACUUAUACACAUAUACUAUACAGACUCUUUCUUCUCUAACGUUUCGUUGCCAAAUAUCCCCAAACCAAAACCAUUCCUUCUCUUUUUUUCUUCUUAUUAUUCCAACCUCCUUCUCCUUCUUCUUCGAAGUUGCAUAUAACAAAAUUAUAUAGGUUCAUUGAGUUGUGGGAGUUUUGACCUUUAUUUCUAUGGCUUCGUAUAUCUCAAACGUUGAAUCGAAUCUUGACUCAUCGGGGGAUUCCAGUCGGAAAAAGCGUCGGAAAAUCGGAGGAGGAGAUGAGAUUCCGAAUUCGAGUUUGAGUCAGACAACUCAUCCGCAAAGCUCGAUGAUCAGAUGGAAAUCUGAGUCGGAGCAGCGGAUCUACUCAACGAAGCUUGUCGAGGCUCUCUCCAGGACUAGGCGGAGUUCUUCUUCUUCGCCCGGAAAGGUCGGGAAAGUUCGGGAGACUGCGGACCGAGUUCUGGCUGUGGCUGCCAAAGGAACGACUCGGUGGAGUCGAGCGAUUCUGGCGAGUCGACACAUGUUGAUGAGGAAUCGUCUACAGAGGAAACAUAGAAAGGUGAAGGUGACUGAUAAAAGCCGGUUACAGAAGCCACCGGAGAUCAGAACGACAAGGUUACCACCUCUUCAGAAGAAGGUUCGAACUCUCAGCCGGUUGGUUCCCGGUUGCCGGAAGCUUCCUUUCCCGAACCUUCUAGAAGAAACAACCGAUUACAUCGCCGCUCUGGAGAUGCAGGUCCGAGCCAUGACCGCUCUCGCCGAGCUUCUAACCGGUUCACCGGUGAAUCGACCCGGUUCAACCAUCAACGCCUCGAGUUGACACAAGAACAGCUGAGUCGACUCGCGGCCAACUCGGCUGUUUGUGCCAGGUGUUUUUUUUUAUUAAUUUUUUUUGUCCUUUUGAAAAUAUUUUCAUUUUAAUGGAUUUUUAGAUUCAUGUAUUUUCUUUGUAUACAUGCCUUA